AUGUCUUUCAAUAUAUUCCUACUAUGUUAUACUAUUUUAAUAUUAAUCCAACCAAUUUUUACCGAUAUUUAUCUGCACAAUCCACGAGGAAGUAAUAAUCGACACAAUGAAAAUACUCCAGAACGUGCUAAUGCUAAAUUGAGUUUUGAUUCACAAAAUAAUAAUCGAGGAGGAUAUAAUGUUGGUGACGAUGGAGCUAUAUAUUAUUAUGCUACUUCAAUAUUACCAAUUCAAUGGACAAAUCAACAUUCAUGUAAUGAUGUUAAUGCUGAUUGUACACUUAUACUUCAAUAUACAUGUAAUGAUUCACUUCGAGAUGGAGCAUCAACAACAACAAUACCUGUAACAGUCGAUGGAGAACAAAAUUCAACAUAUAGAUUAACAGAAGAUUUAACAUCUUAUUUGAAUUGUCGUGUACGAAGUCGAAAUAAAAAUUUAUUUACUGCUGAACAAAAUCUAGGAAGUUCAUCAACUAGUACACGACAAAAUCCUGCUGGUACACGAUAUGGUUAUGAAUGUCCAGAAGAACGUGAUUAUUAUCCAUAUUGGCAACCAACAAACUGGAUUGAUAUUGCUAUUCUAACAAAUCGACAAGAUUUAUGUUCUUAUUAUCGGCAAAAUAGUCAAAAUAUUCAAUCACGUUUUGCUUGUACAUUUGCUAACAAAGAUGUUUUAAUAGCAGCAAAUAAUCUUGGAAUUAUUAUACCUAAUAUUAAAGAACAAUGCGAGGCAUUUACUGAUUCACGUUUAAAUGGUACUAAACCAAGUUGGGUAGAAUAUCCAAGUCUUAAUCAACCAGCACCUGAAUGUUAUACACCAUCAUAUACAAGAGAAAAUCAUCUUGGUGAUAUUUUUGGUUCUGAUAUGCCCGUAUAUAAUUGGACAUUACCAAAUAUAAGCGCAAAAAAAUGUGUUUUACGUGUUCGAUAUAAUAUCUCAACUGCUGAUUAUGAUAGUUGGAAUAUUAAUUCAACAAGUAAUCUUGGUAAUCUUUAUGUAAUGAAAGAAUAUUUUCCAAAUGAAUCAACUGCUCAAAAUCGUGGUUAUCGCUAUCAAACAAAUCCUCAAAUACAAUUAUUUGAUGGUGUAAAUUUAACACUUCAACUUGCUAUAAAUACACAACAAUAUGGUCGUGUUUUUCAAGACAGAUCUUUUACAUUUGAAAUUCGGCAACGUCCUACUGAAUAUCAAGAUAGACCUAUUUAUAAUUUAAAUGUUAGAGGUAGACGUGGAAAUAUUGUUCAAGUAUAUCCUGCUCUUGAAUAUGAUUUUGUACCAAAUCGAUUAGAAAUUCCACCAAAUUCAUAUGUUCAUAUUCAAUGGAUUGGUUCGAAUACAACUCCACCAGGUGCUGGACAAGGUAAUCAACAAAUUGAUCGAAAUAAUUUAUUACUUCUUACAAAUAAAAAAAUCAAUCCAAGUUGGAAUCAAUUUCAAUAUUUGAAUUUUACUGGUUUAUAUAUAGCGAAUUUACCUGAAUUAUUGAAUCAAUCAACUUUUCUUAAUUUAUCAUUAAGCGAUCUUCGAAAUUUAGCUGCUUCUGGACAAAAUACAGAUCCAUUAUUACUUAAUGCUACAGCAUAUUUCGAUCUUGGACCACGUCUGAUCACAGAUAAAUCAUCUGGUAUUUAUCAUUACGUAUCAACACGUAAUAAUGAUUUUUCAAAUCGUGAUCAAAAAGGCCGAAUUAUUGUUCAACCAUUUCAAUUUAACUAUCAAACUAUUGGACAGAAUACUUAUACUACUAAAAUAGAUGAUACUACUGUGAUAUUUCCUGAAGGAAGUGUUAAUACGACAGUUCCAAUAAAACUCUCGAAAUUUAGUCGUGAUCAACUAUCACAAAUUCUACCUCUAAAUGGACAAAAUAUUGUUAAUAAACAAACGCUAUUUGAUAGUGUUUAUGUUGUUGAACCAUAUGAUCUUCAAUUUUCUUCUAAUAUUCAAUUUCAAAUUCCAUUUCAAGAAUUGAAUAAUGAUCAAAAAAAUGUUGAUGUUCUUCAAUUUGAACCUACCAAUGGUAUUUAUUUAAAACUACUUAGUACACUUGAUACAAAUAAUCGUGUACUUAAAUUUCAAUCCGAUACCGCUGGUGUAUUUGUACUUGUUGAAAAAUCAUCAAGUUCGAUAUGGAUUGCUGGUGUUGUUAUACCAAUUGUAUUAAUCGUGAUUAUUAUUAUUUCAACAGUCAUCUAUUUUAGAUUAAGUCCGAAUAGAUAUAUUCAAAUUAAAGAUCAAUUAACGAAAACAAAACGUUCAUUUUUUUCACGUGUUUAA